AUGGCAACCAAUCUAAAACUGAGAUUCGCAAAUCGACUGACUAUGAUUUUAGCCUACGGUUUAACCCAUUAUACUUGUAUAAAUGGGUUUGCCUCAAUGCGGUUGAAUCAGAGACAUGAAUCUGGCCAACGGAACACAGGACGAUUGAGUUACACAUUCGACCCAUUCAUUAAAUUGAAUUAUCUAGACCUCCAAGUGUGUUAUCAAUUAAUUUGA